GGAAGUCGUAUUUGUUUUGUAACAAUUUUGACACAGAUUAUGGGAGUACAUUAGAACGAGACAUAUUUUUUGCUAUGCUUUGUGUUGGUGUUCACAACAUGAGAAACGACAACUGAAAGCCUACUGUGUCACCAGCCAGUCAUGGAUUCCGCAUCGGAGAGGCACUGCACUGAGGUGGUGGCCCGGGAGAGGAGCGGACACACGGCUGUGGUGGAGGAGAACCUGCUCUGUGUGUGGGGAGGUUACAUGUCAAUUGCUGAUGAUGAAGUUUUCCUCCCUAACGAUGAAAUCUGGGUUUAUGACUUAGAACGAGGUGUAUGGGAAGUUUUUCACAUGUCAGGGGAAGUCCCUCCCUCUAUGUCUGGGACCUGCGGCUGCUCUCUGAAUGGACACUUGUACAUAUUUGGAGGUUGUGAUAACAACGGACAGACCAAUCAGAUCUAUUGUGUCGACCUGACAGACGGCAAAUACACGUGGAAGAAGAUCAAGUAUGAGAUCGGUUCUGCUCCUUCAGCUCGAGACAAACUAUCCUGCUGGGUCUACAAGGGAAAGAUCAUCUAUUUCGGAGGAUAUGGUCACAAAAUGCUGACUGAUAUUGACAGAACGAACAGGAGCUUCAUUGUAGAUAAAGCAUCAUGGGUGGAAGAAAUCUUCUGGGGAUGGAAUAAUGAGGUGCAUAUAUUUGACCCUUCGCAAGCCAGUUGGAGUGACCCACAGACCCAUGGCCGAGCUCCAGACCCCAGGGCCGCCCACGCCAGUGCCACAGUCGGAUGCAGAGGAUACGUUUGUGGAGGCAGAGUCAUGGAAACAAGGAUGAGUGAUAUUCACUGCCUGGACCUUGAAUCAUGGACGUGGUCAGAAAUAAUCCCAGUGUCCUCCAUUCCAGUGGGCAGAUCGUGGCACACGCUCACCGCUGUUUCAGACAGCAGCUUGUUCCUGUUCGGAGGUCUCAGUGUAGACUGCAAACCAAUGAGUGAUGGGUGGUUGCUUGAUGUUGAAACAAAAAAGUGGAGAGAACUCGAGCAUCCCUUUAAGACGAAGCCAAGGUUGUGGCACACAGCAUGUCCAGGCAAGGACUCUGAUGUGAUUGUGUUUGGUGGAAGUUGUGACUACAUCCUACUUAUUGACAACAGUCACUGCAAUGAUGCACUUGUCUUCCAGACGCAGCCGUAUCCUCUAUUCAGGAUUUGUGAGGAUUACAUUGCAAAGAAUGUGAAGAACUAUGAGAUGCUCAGAAAUCAGCUUUCCCUUCUGCCUCCCAAACUACUGACGGCAGUACAGAGAAGAAUGUCUUUCUACAGGCCUUCAAAGAAGCAGCAACAAUAGUUCAAAGAAAGUCUUAAUUGCCAAGUGCUAUACUUUCUUCAGUAUGAACAUCUCAGUCAGACUGUAGGUAGCGGUUUUAUUUUUUAAAUACAUUGUGCAAAAAUAUUUUAUGGUGUUAUAUUUUAUUGUUUUAGAGAUGCACAUUUUAUUGUGUACAGUUUGCCUGCUGCCUGUGAUGACUGUGAUGAUUAAAGGGCACACCAAACUGC